AAAGCAGGCAGGGAGACGGUGGGGUGGAGUACAGGAAGCUGCUGGCCCCGAAUAUCUGAACAUGGGCGAAAUCUAAUCACAGCACAAAUCACAGCGUCUCUCUUUCUUCCCUUCACGAACCAGAGGCUGCGGAGAUUUUCUCAUAUCUGUUUUUUUCUGGAUUGAAUCGGAAGAUUGAACCGAAACAGCGAGAAGAUGUCUCGGGGAGUGAUCCAGCCCAGCCAGCAGAAGCUGGCAGAAAAGCUCACCAUCCUCAACGACAGAGGCAUCGGGAUGUUGACCCGUGUUUACAAUAUCAAAAAGCAAGGACAAGUUUGGAAGGCAUGUGGCGAUCCCAAGGCGAAGCCCUCCUAUCUCGUUGAUAAGAACUUGGAGUCUGCGGUUAAAUUUAUUGUCAGGAAGUUUCCUGCUGUGGAGACGCGGAAUAAUAACCAACAGCUGGCUCAGCUGCAGAAGGAAAAGUCAGAGAUUCUGAAGAACCUGGCUCUCUACUAUUUCACCUUCGUAGACGUCAUGGAAUUCAAGGACCAUGUGUGUGAGCUGCUGAACACCAUCGACGCCUGCCAGGUCUUCUUCGACAUUACGGUGAACUUUGACCUGACCAAGAACUACCUUGACCUGGUGGUGACUUACACUACACUGAUGACAAUACUGUCCCGCAUCGAGGAGAGGAAAGCCAUCAUAGGACUGUACAACUACGCCCACGAGAUGACGCACGGAGCCAGUGACCGGGAGUACCCCAGAUUGGGCCAGAUGAUCGUGGAUUACGAGAACCCUUUGAAGAAGUUGAUGGAGGAGUUUGUUCCACAUGGAAAGUCUCUGUCAGAUGCACUGAUCAGUCUUCAGAUGGUUUAUCCCCGGAGGAAUCUGUCCGCUGACCAGUGGAGGAACGCCCAGCUGCUGUCUCUCAUCUCUGCUCCCUCCACCAUGCUCAAUCCUGCACAGUCAGACACUAUGCCGUGUGAAUACCUGUCACUGGACGCCAUGGAGAAGUGGAUUGUUUUCGGUUUCAUCCUGUGUCAUGCGGUGCUGAACAGCGACGCAGCAGCGUUGUCUCUGUGGAAGCUGGCUCUGCAGAGCUCCACCUGCCUCUGUCUGUUCAGGGAUGAAGUCUUCCACAUCCACAAGGCUGCAGAGGACCUGUUUGUGAACAUCAGAGGGUACAACAAACGCAUCAAUGACAUCAGAGAGUGCAAGGAGCAGGCCCUGUCUCACGCAGGCUCCAUGCACAGAGAGAGGCGCAAGUUCCUGCGAUCGGCUCUGAAGGAGCUGGCCACCGUUUUAGCCGAUCAGCCAGGACUGCUGGGCCCUAAGGCGUUGUUCGUGUUCAUGGCGCUGUCGUUUGCCCGUGACGAGAUCAUCUGGCUGCUCCGACACGCUGACAACAUCCAGAAGAAAAGCACAGAUGACUUCAUAGAUAAGCACAUAGCAGAGUUGAUCUUCUACAUGGAGGAGCUCAGAGCUCACGUCAGGAAGUACGGUCCUGUGAUGCAGCGAUACUACGUCCAAUAUCUGUCCGGGUUUGAUGCUGUGGUGCUGAAUGAACUGGUGCAGAACCUGUCUGUGUGUCCAGAGGACGAGUCUAUAAUCAUGUCUUCAUUUGUCAACACUAUGACCUCCCUCAGUGUCAAACAAGUGGAGGAUGGAGAGGUGUUUGACUUCAGAGGCAUGAGGCUGGACUGGUUCAGACUGCAGGCCUACACCAGUGUCUCUAAAGCCAGUCUGGGUAUCGCCGAUCACAAGGAGCUGGGUAAAAUGAUGAACACCAUCAUCUUCCACACUAAGAUGGUGGACUCUCUGGUGGAGAUGCUGGUGGAGACGUCCGACCUGUCCAUUUUCUGCUUCUACAGCCGUGCGUUUGAGAAAAUGUUCCAGCAGUGCUUGGAGCUUCCCUCCCAGAGCCGACACUCCAUCUGCUUCCCUCUGCUCUGCACACACUUCAUGUCCUGUACACACGAGCUCUGUCCCGAGGAGCGUCACCACAUAGGGGAUCGGAGCCUGUCGUUGUGUAACAUGUUCCUGGAUGAGAUGGCCAAACAGGCCAGAAACUUGAUCACUGACAUCUGCACUGAACAAUGUACACUCAGCGACCAGCUGCUUCCUAAGCACUGUGCGAAAACCAUCAGCCAGGCCGUGAACAAGAAGAGCAAGAAGGCGACGGGGAAGAAGGGAGAGCCGGAGAGGGAGAAGCCGGGAGUGGAGAGCAUGAGGAAGAACAGACUACUGGUCACCAAUCUGGAUAAACUCCACACAGCAUUAUCUGAACUCUGCUUCUCCAUCAACUACGUUCCCAACCUGGCGGUGUGGGAGCACACGUUAACACCGAGAGAGUACCUCACCUCGCACCUGGAGAUCCGAUUUACCAAGUCUAUAGUGGGCAUGACCAUGUACAACCAGGCUACUCAGGAGAUAGCCAAGCCCAGCGAGCUGCUGACCAGCGUCCGGGCCUACAUGACGGUGCUUCAGUCCAUAGAGAACUACGUCACCAUCGACAUCACCCGAGUCUUCAACAACGUCCUCCUGCAGCAGACGCAGCACCUGGACAGUCACGGGGAGCCCACCAUCACCAGUCUGUACACAAACUGGUACCUGGAGACGUUGCUCCGUCAGGUCAGCAACGGACACAUCGCCUACUUCCCCGCCAUGAAGGCCUUCGUCAACCUGCCCACAGAGAACGAGCUGACCUUCAACGCUGAGGAAUACUCCGACAUCUCUGAGAUGCGUUCACUGUCGGAGCUGUUGGGGCCGUACGGUAUGAAGUUCCUCAGUGAGAGUCUGAUGUGGCACAUCUCUUCACAGGUCGCUGAGCUGAAGAAACUGGUGGUAGAAAACAUGGAGGUGUUGACCCAGAUGAGGACGAGCUUCGACAAACCAGACCACAUGGCCGCCCUGUUCAAGAAACUCACCUCUGUGGACAGUGUGUUGAAGAGGAUGACCAUCAUUGGCGUCAUCUUGUCCUUCCGCUCUCUGGCUCAGGAGGCUCUCAGAGAUGUGUUAUCCUGUCAUAUUCCUUUCCUGGUCAGUUCAGUGGAGGAUUUCAAAGACCACAUUCCCAGAGAGACGGACAUGAAGGUGGCCAUGAACGUCUACGAGCUCUCAUCAGCAGCAGGUUUACCCUGUGAGAUCGACCCGGCUCUGGUGGUCGCUCUGUCCUCGCAGAAGAGCGAGAACAUCAGUCCAGAGGAGGAGUACAAGAUCGCCUGCCUGCUGAUGGUGUUUGUGGCGGUUUCCUUGCCAACGCUGGCCAGCAACGUGAUGUCACAGUACAGCCCCGCCAUCGAAGGACACUGUAACAACAUCCACUGCCUGGCCAAGGCCAUCAACCAGAUCGCUGCUGCUCUCUUCACCAUCCACAAGGGGAGCAUAGAGGACCGCCUCAAGGAGUUCCUGGCUCUGGCUUCAUCCAGCCUGUUGAAGAUCGGCCAGGAGACGGACAAGAUGACGACACGUAACAGAGAAUCUGUCUACCUGCUGCUGGACAUGAUCGUGCAGGAGUCUCCCUUCCUGACCAUGGACCUGCUGGAGUCCUGCUUCCCCUACGUCCUGCUGCGAAACGCCUACCACGCCGUCUACAAACAGAGCAUCAGCGCUAACGCAUAGACACACACUAAACACACAGCGAAGGCCUCCCAUGCUGUCGGUGCUCGUACACAGACGCACACACAGCAACAGAUACACACUAAACACUAACACACUAAACUAUGCCUACAAUGCCUCAACGUCCCAUUCAGACAGAAACAAACAUCAGCGUGCGACGUGUCCUCCAAAAUAUUGACACGCGCUGAAGUUGAGAACAAAUACACUAAACGCCAAAUGAACACACCGAAUUCAGAGACAACAGCAAACACUACAAUCUGACAGAAACACACACACACACACACACACACACGCACACACUAGCUGGGUGAAGUUGGGGGAUCAGUGUCUUUAUUUUAAUCAUUGUACUUUUUCAUGAUGUUGCCAGGGACCAUAACCAUAGCAACACGUAAUAUACCAUAUGUUUGGUUGGUAUAAAAGAACAAAAAUAUAAAUAUAUAGUAUAUAUAUAGUUGACACUAAAAUAUUAUUUUCUUUUUCUUUUUUUGUUUCUUUUCGAUGAGAGAUUUUUAGUGGCCAGCUGACGACUUCUAUGUGGUGACGGAUUUGGAUGCUUACUUUGGGAAUGAUGCUGAUGUGAUGUGGGUUUUUUUUUCUUUAACGGAGGAUUCCUGUGUUGAUACUGAAAGACAUGUUGCUUGUUAAUGUAACACUACUACACACACACACACACACACAGAUAUAAAGGCGCAUACACACUAAUCUCUCGACUUUUCAUCGUGAAAACACACACACACACACACACACACACACACGCAGACACACACUUGUAUAACAUGGUGAUGUUUUCUUUCUUUUUCCAAGCUAGUCGUAACAUGAACUUUUUGUGGGUAAAGAUAUAAUAUCUGUAUUCUACUUUGAUGUGAACUGAACUCGUCUGUUUUUAAUGUUUAUGUUUUGUUAUUUUUAUGACGAUGAUGAUGAUGAUGAUGAUGAUGAUGAUGACGACGAUUUGCCAAAUGUGUUGACACUAAAAGUUGUGCAUCAGGGCGUGGACGUGCUGGAGUGUUUGGGCUUGUUAAUGGGUGAAACGCCAUUUCAUGUGUUUGGACUGUAGACGCUCUGGAAACAAUCUGCAGCUCGCUUAACGGGAGGGGUCACACGGGAACUUUUUACAAUGGGAACAAACUUUAAAAAGUACUGCUGCGGCGUGGAGGUGGAGCAGGCGCCCUCAGUGCACCUGCAGAUGUUCCUCACAGCUGCUGUCGGUCCAGUAGGUGCUACUCUUUUUCUCCAGCUGUUUAAAUAUAAGUUAAUGAUAUCCAAAAUAAUUUCCCGUGGCUUCUGAAAAGAAGAAAAUUUUCUUUCCUGUGUCUAAUUUUUGCAGUUGCAGUCCUACUGACGCAGCUGGGGGAAUAGUGCCUUGCUCAGAGGCAGCAGCUGUCGAGGGUCCGACACCUCACACGCCGCGGCUCCACAAAUGUCUUAGUGCUUAACUCUAACAGGAGCCAUUAAAGUCAAACUUCCUCCUCCACAGAGAAACAAACAAAUUGAUCUCAGAGCUGUGAACGUCGACAAAAUCCUGGAGCUGCAAUAAGAGAAAAAAUAAAUGUAUAUAUACAGUAUAUACACGCCUGGUGAUGUGUUCACUGGAUCUCCACCAACGAACUCUCCGUAUUCCGUGACGGGUGUACGGGACCUUUUAGGACAGACGGACGACUUUUACAAAGUGCAGUCUGGUUUAUUUUUCAUUUUCUUGUGAAUCCAGGCAGGGCGAGGGCUCCAUACUGUGAGACACACACACAGCAUGCUCCCUGUAUGCCAGCCCUCUGCUCAUGCACACUAACACCAGGCUCUGUCUGAACGCUCACACUGCACACUACCAGGACUCUUAACCUCGGACUGUUUAAAUCUGGAAGCAGCUUUUACAGUAUGUAGCAGGAAAACACUCUAGUUGAUGAUGUGUCUGCACUUCACAGUAGAGUCUCAGCCCUGCUGUGUGUUCAGUCAGUAGUGUGCAGUGUGAGCGAGGACGGGUCAGCGGACACAUUCUGCCAUUUGAUGUGGAAUGAUUGCUGUUUUCUUUCUAACCUUUUUGUGUCUCUGAUUCCACCGUGUAACUUAAAUGACAUGAAUAAAAUAAACUUUAGGGCUGUGUCAGACCUGA